AUGGCUCUCCCAAGGGUGGCCCGCCACUGCAACUUCAGCAAUCUGGAAGAAGCCCUCCGGGACUGGCUAGUGUGUGGCCUCUGGGAUGAAAGAAUACAAUGGAGGCUCCUCGCCAAGAAGGACCCCAUGUUCCAGGUCGCGAUGGACGAGGCCCUUGCCACCGAAGCAGCAGACCAGUUCAUUGCAGAGGUCCGUCUGCUGCCAAGCCCACCAGUUUCCAGGAGGCCCACCACCACAGUCCCCUACGUGGAAUCAGCUGAUGAAGUGGAAGAGGUCCUACAGCUGCCCCGACCUACUCGCCACGCCUCAUGCCUGACCACCACGCCACCGCAGGCUGCCAUCACAACUCCCUGCGCCAGCUGUGGAGAGCUCCACGAGCGGAGGAACUGCCAGUUCCGAGAUGCCCAAUGCUGGAAUUGUGGAAAGCUGCCCCUAGACCCCACGGUCAGGCCGAUUCGGCUCAAGGCAAGGAGGGUUCCGUUCGCCUUGAAGCCCAAAAUAGAGGCCGAACUAGACCGCCUCACAGCCCAGGGAGUCCUGGAGCCAGUGGACUACGCCCCCUGGGAGACCCCCAUCGUAACCCCACUAAAGCCAAACGGGGAGGUGCGGAUCUGUGCAGACUACAAAUGCACGAUAAACCGGGCACUGCAGGAUAACCCCUACCCAGUGCCGGUGGUGAGCCACGUCCUGGCUGCCCUCACGGCCGAGGCCCAGACGAUAGUAACGCAUAGGGGGGCCUUCCGGGUGAGGAGGCUACAGUUCGGGGUAAGCGUCGCUCCGGGGAUCUUCCAGAGUAUCAUGGACGCUCUCCUUAAAGGGAUCCCCGGAGUCCAGCCGUUCUUCGAUGACGUUUUAGUCGCCGCCCCGGACCCCGAAGAAUUCGGCAACCGCCUCACGGACCACAAGCCCCUUUUAGGUCUGCUGGCCCCAGAUCGACAACCCCCCCAAAUCCUGUCACAGCGCGUGUUGAGGUGGAAUCAAUUCCUCAACUCCUACACUUACACACUGGAACACCGGGCCGGCAAAGCUAUGGGUUACGCGGACGCGCUCAGCCGCUUGCCGCUUCCGGAAAUGGGUCCAGACCCCGCCCCCGCACACCAGGUCAUGCUGAUGGAAAGCCUCCCAGAGCCGCCCCUUCACGCAGCGGAGGUCGCCAAGGCCACCCAGAAACAUAAGACACUUGCACGGGUGCUCGACUGGGUGGUGAGGGGGUGGCCAGAGGGGAACAUGGGGGAAGAAUUCAAACCCUAUAAGGUCAGGAGGGAGGAACUAGCAGCCCACAAGGGGUGCCUACUAUGGGGAAGUAGGGUGGUGAUUCCGCCCCCGCUGCAAAGGCGUGUUCUAGAAUCCCUCCAUGAGACCCACCCCGGCAUAGUUCGUAUGAAGGCCCUGGCCAGAAGCUACGUCUGGUGGCCGGGAAUGGACGGGGAAAUAGAGAGUUGGGUCCGCAGGUGCCAGACGUGCCAGGAGUCGCGGCCCGAGCCUCCCAGCGCCCCCGCCACUAGGUGGGAGUCCACCAGGAAACCAUGGUCGAGACUCCACCUCGACUUCGCGGGGCCAUUCCAGGGGCAGAUCUUCAUGAUAAUAGUGGACGCCUACACCAAGUGGCUCGAGGUCAUCCCCGUAGGGUCCACCUCGUCCGCAGCCGCAAUCCGAGCAUUACGCAGGGUCUUAAGCACGCACGGUAUCCCGGACACCAUAGUCUCGGACAAUGGGACCGCGUUCACGUCCGCAGACUUCCAGGCGUUCCUCCAGCGAUACCUUAUUAGGCACAUAAGGUCGGCCCCCUUCCACCCAGCCACCAACGGUCAGGCAGAGCGGAUGGUCCGCACCACCAAGGAAGCCCUGGGCCGUAUUGUACAGGGAGACUGGGACCACCGAUUAGCGGCAUUCCUAUUCGACAAUAGGAUCACCCCCAACCCGGUCACAGGGGUUAGCCCGGCCGAGCUCCUCAUGGGACGA